AUGUACCAGUUCAACUGGCUAAAGAUAAUUCUAGAUAAAGUCUAUUUUAGAGUAUUUUUAUCCGCCUACUGCUCUUAUCUAUCUAUCUAUCCAUCUAUCUAUCUAUCUAUCUAUCUAUCUGAUUCUGUUAAUAUCUAUCUGUUCAUAUCUAUGUGCCCACAUCAUUCAGUUCAUAUCCGUUCACAUGUAUCUAUCUAUCUAUCUAUCUAUCUGUUCAUAUCAUUCUGUUCAUAUCUAUUUGUUCAUGACUUUGUAUCUGUUUAUAUCUAUCUCACCACUUUCUAUCUAUCUAUCUAUCUAUCAAUCUAUCUAUCUAUCUAUCAGAUUCUGUUAAUAUCUAUCUCUUCAUAUUUGUAUGUUCAUAUCAUUCUGUUCAUAUUUGUUCACAUCUUUCUAUUUAUCGAUCUAUCUCAUUCUGUUCAUAUCUAUCUAUCUAUCUGUUUAUCUAUCUAUUUAUCUAUCUAUCUAUCUGUCUCUCUGUCUAUUCAUAUCUAUAUGUUCAUAUCAUUCUGUUCAUAUGUAUAUGUUCAUAUCUUUAUCAUAUUUAUGGCAGCCUGUUCAUAUCUAUCUAUCUAUCUAUCUAUCUAUCUAUCUAUCUAUCUAUCACAUUCUGUUCAGAUAUUUCUAUUUAUAUAUUUCUUUUUUUCUUUUUCUCUUUUUCGCCUCCUAUUGUCUUAUUCCUCUAAUACUAUUCUUUCUUUGUCUCUCCUUCCUUACCAUUAA